CAUAUGCUGUGCUUGCUUGCUUUACUUAUUCUGUUGACUGUUCUUUUUUCUAAACAAAAUAGCAAUUAAUUGAGAUCCAGAAAAAAUUUACACAAAUAAAAUAUAAAAUUUCUGGCUAAGCAAUGCACUGUUCUUACUGCAAACAACCUGUAGCUGACGAGGAUGACUACCUAGAGUGCGUGGAAUGUGAAUAUCUAGUGCAUGCAAAAUGUCUGCGCACGUGUCGACCUGGAGAUUUAUUGGGUGAUAUAUUUUUUGACUUCACCUGUGCCGAUUGCAUGAAUUUGCAAUAUAAUGCACCAUCUACUUCAUCGUCAGCGAAAGCUGCUGUGCCACGUGAGAAUUUUGUACGCCAGCGUAUGUCUUGGUUCAUGAUAGUUGCUUUAGCAUUAUACAAUUUAUCGGUAAAGUCUAAGGGACUGAGUCAUCAUGGCUUCUUCCAUUGGCGUUCACACAUUGUUAGUUUUAUUAACAAAAACUGGGACUUUUUAAUGGAGCCUGGAACACGUCGGCGCAAAAACUGGUUCGGCUCCAUUUCAGGAAAUUUGUCGCACUACAGUCCGGAUUUUUUCUUAUCCGGUCAAGAAACAAUUCAAAAGUUAGGUUGGUGGCGCUUGGCGCAGACAAAUUUAACUCCAAAAAUGAUUCACAGAAAAUAUGAAGAAUUUAGUCAAAAGCGCGCCCAAAUGCGCAGCGAUAAACGGGGGCAAGAAGAUGCUGAUAACAGUGAUGAAGAGCAGCACGAAAGCAAACGUAGGCGGCAAAUUUAUUCGGAUGAUGAGAUACCACCCAUAACUGAUGGAUGCAGCCGUACAAUGCCGUAUAUGGGUCGCACGCCCAAAGUAGCUAAACAACUUGAUAUUGUGGAUGAUGAUAUCAAGAAUUUCCAUCAGCAACAACCGCUGAACACUGUACAAUCAAGCUUAAUGGACUUUUUGGCAGAGAAUCUAGCAAACGAUGAUUUUUUUAGUACAUUGCCAAAUAGCGCAACGGAAACGUUGGUAGGUGGAGAUGAUAAAAAUGGUUUUCUCCCCUUGCUUGAAACGCAAAAUGAUAAUGUUGGACUUUUUGACACAUCUGAAGCCAAAUACAAUCCAAACUCAGCUGUGUAUGAAUCUAAUACCGUAUACCCAGUAGCAGACAAAUUGAAAAGCUUUUACGAUUCAGAACAGCACGGUGAUCAAAAAACAUCAUCUGUUCUAAGCAUAGAACAAUUCCCUCAAGAAGAUUCAAUGCAAACGUCAUCCGAGGAUAGUAAUGAUGAUGACGACGAGUAUCAACCACGCAUAAUACAAGUCACCAAUUUUCAGGAACUUAAUCAAUCACCAAAGAAAGACAAAGCCGGAUCAAUAGAAGAAACCCUUUUACAUAAAUUUGGACAAGAAAUCAAGAAAGAAGUAAAAUCUGAUGCAGAGCAAUCAGAAGCUGAAGAUAAGCAUAGUACAAAGAAAGAUGAAAAUUAUGGUCACACCGCUGGAGCGACGCAGCCAGAGUCGGAAAACGAAGGCGAAGGGGUCGCUUCAAUUUUGGGUGCCUGCAAGCCAAGUCUUUUUACGAAGGUUCCUCGCCGUAAUUGGCCUUGGUUGGUGGAAGAAUCUGAUGAGGCAGAAGAAGAAGCCAAAAUGAAACCCUUCGAGCAAAACGAAAGCUUAAUUCCGAUCAGUGAAUACGAAGAGAUUGAAUUGUUGCACAAGCUACGUAAAAUCUUUUCUAUGGAGGAACAAUGUAAAAUUCAAAUUCCGGCGUUCAUACGACGGUUCUAUAGAAAACUUUGCGUGCGUGAAUGGAAACGUGAACAUGGUAAACCGCUAUUUAAUUUAGAUGACCAUAUAAAUGGCAAAUGUAAUGUGUCGCACGAUGCCAAAUCGAAAAUAAUUGAUCGGUACCAGCAGCUAAUUUCACUUUCUUCGGAAAGUAAACGCAAAUCAUUUUACGCCAGAAUAGCUGGUUCAUUUGACUAUGAAAUGUUUGAAUCGCCUUAUUCCCAUCGAAUAUUACAUCCUUUCAUAUAUAGGGAUAAAGAAAUAGCACCUCCCUGGUUAAAGCUGAUGUGCGAGCUUCAGUUCAAAGUCAAUGGAGAGUAUCCCUUUCGUUCACCAAUCGAUUUUUGCUAUGUACGCCCCAAUCAUAUAGCCGCAGUAAAUGCUUUACUUCAAACAAGUUUUUGGCCUGGGAUUGAUAUGUCCGAAUGUCUUAGCUACCCAGAUUACAGUGUGGUUGCACUCUAUAAAAAGCUGGUAGUGGGUUGUGGAUUCCUUGUGCCUGACGUAGGCUUCAACGAAGCAUACAUUUCGUUUAUGGCCGUUCGACCUAAUUGGCAACGUUGCGGUAUAGGAACUUUUAUGCUUUAUCAUCUUAUACAGACAUGCAUGUCAAAGGAUAUAACGUUGCAUGUGUCUGCUUCUAAUCCCGCAGUGGUGCUGUACCAGAAAUUCGGCUUCAAAAUAGAAGAGGUUAUUCUGGAUUUCUACGAGAAAUACUUACCCAUAAAUUCCAAGCAAAGUCGGACCGCAUUUUUCUUAAGGCUUUUAAGAUCAUAAUAGUAGCUAAGAACUCAGGAC